GAGGCUCAGUCUCAGAGCAGCCAUUGAAAGGGAAGGAACUGCGGUGUGUGUGUGUGUGUGUGCGUGUGUGUGUGUGUGCGUGUGUGUGUGUGUGCGCGCGCGCGCGCGUGUGCGUACUUGUGUGUGUAUGCGUGCGUGUGAGUGCGCGCGAGUGUGUGGACAAGGAGGUGGGGGCAGCCGAGUUAGAGUCCCAACUCCUUGGACUCCAUUUGCUAUUCUAUUCUUUCUCCCCCCACACCUAUCUGGAGGUGGUGGGCGUUUAUAUUUGCUUUUCUUUUCAUUCAUUUCCAGAUCUUUUAAAAUUUAAGGGUUGGGGGUAGUGGGAAAGGCAGGAAAGGGUAAGGGAAGGGAGUAGUAGCAGAAGAGCAGGAGGAGGACAUGGAGAUGAAGAAGAGGAUUAACCUGGAGUUAAGGAACAGAGCCCCGGAGGAGGUGACAGAGUUAGUCCUUGAUAAUUGCCUUUGUGUCAAUGGGGAAAUUGAAGGUCUGAAUGAUACUUUUAAAAAACUAGAGUUUCUGAGUAUGGCUAAUGUGGAACUAAGUUCACUGGCCCGGUUGCCCAGCUUAAAUAAACUUCGAAAGUUGGAACUUAGUGACAAUAUAAUUUCUGGAGGUUUGGAAGUCCUGGCAGAGAAAUGUCCUAAUCUUACCUACCUCAAUCUGAGUGGAAACAAAAUCAAAGAUCUCAGUACAGUAGAAGCUUUGCAAAAUCUUAAAAAUUUGAAAAGUCUCGACUUGUUUAACUGUGAGAUCACAAACCUGGAAGAUUACAGAGAAAGUAUUUUUGAGCUGCUGCAGCAAAUCACCUACUUAGAUGGAUUUGAUCAGGAGGAUAACGAAGCACCAGACUCAGAAGAGGAGGAUGAGGAUGGAGAUGAAGAUGAUGAAGAAGAAGAGGAAGAUGAAGCUGGUCCACCUGAAGAAUAUGAAGAAGAGGAGGAGGAAGAGGAGGAGGAUGAGGAUGAGGAUGAAGAUGAAGCAGGCUCAGAGCUGGGAGAGGGAGAAGAGGAAGUGGGCCUCUCAUACUUAAUGAAAGAAGAAAUCCAGGAUGAAGAAGAUGAUGAUGACUAUGUUGAAGAAGGGGAAGAAGAGGAAGAAGAGGAAGAAGAAGGUCUUCGAGGGGAAAAAAGGAAACGAGAUGCUGAAGAUGAUGGAGAUGAAGAAGAUGACUAGAUCAUUCUAAGACCAGAUUCCCUAAUGUUCCUGGGUGUGCAAUAGAGUGAUCCCAUCUUCUUUGUUUCUUCAUGUACCAUAGCGAUCCCUACGGAAGAUAACCUGUAACUUUUUAUAGGAAAAGUGUGGUUUUACUAUUUUUGCCUUAUCAUUCCAAAUAAGAUUUACUAGUCUGUUAAUGAUCAUAUCAUAUGUAGAGAAAAAAUUUUCGUUGACCCCAUUGUGAAAUUUAUUUAGAAUCUUCAUUUUUCUCAUUCAGGCUCACUGUAUUAGUUAUUUUUAGCCCAUAAUUAAAACAUGAUCACUUUUACACAGGCGUAGUUUGGUGCAUUUCAUUCAUAAGGUUAUAAAGUUAUUUAUAAGUUAACUGAAAUCACAGUCGGCUGGAAUAUGAAAUGAAAAUAGUCUCUUGACUGAUAAGUUGGUUAUAUUUUUAGAGGUGACCCAGAGAUCUUUAGUUUGAAGGCAAUGACUUGUUUUUGCUUUUUUGCGUAUGGGUAUUUGGGUGCUUUUUUGUCACAUGAAUAACCUAGAAAGUAGGAGCAGAAUAGCAAAGGUUCUAUUCAACAAUAUAGUUCAAGGCUUUUGUGGAGGCUUCUGAAACCUUUUAAGCCAGGUGACUAAUAAGAUUUUAUUUUUGAAGGAAAAAUGCUUGUACUAAGUUCAGAGACAUGCAGGUGAGCCCUUUGUUUUUCUCACUGAAAAUCAUGACAUGCCAGCGGUUGUUAGUUUUACUUUGUUUUUAAGUGUGCAUUCUUUUUCUUCCUCCCAGCAAUUCCUUUAUGAUCACUUUCAUUUCUUGUUUCACUCCCCUCCCUCUAUCUCCAAAAAAAGUUGGGAAACUUAUGGCUCUUCAGGAAGACCUUUAUUUAGUCUAUUAUACCUCAGCAACCUUUUCAGACGGUCUCAGUUUUAAACAAGUUAAAUGAAAGAAAUUGAGUAUUUUCUGAGCUAUGAAUAUUAUUAUCAAUACAGCUUUAUGCAACAGAUUCUGGUUAUUGUAACUCUCUUGGUUGACAAGAUGUGCAGACUGUAUUAAUAGUGUGAAGAAAGAAAAGCAGAGGAAGCUUUUAGAAGCAGCAUUGCUGUUCCACAGAAGCUAGAACAAUUGCCUGUUGAUAAUUAGUGAGACAUUCAGGUCAAAUUUGGGGGGAGGUUAGCUUCCCAAAUGGUUUAGAUACUACACUGCAAAGUAUUUCUAAUUUUUCGGAAUAGAACCUUUAAUUAUUCUUCCUACAGUUUUAAGAUAUUACCAGAUAUAACUUUUAAUUGGAAUACACUGGGCAGUUGGAAAAAUAUUUGAAACUAAAUGCUAAAAUUAAGAUUUGUUUUCAAGUGGAAACCCACUAAAAAUAGAAAAAUAUUUAGGCUGGGUGUGUUUCUUUAUACAGCUACUAAAUAUGAUAAAAUAAGACAAGUACAUUCCCCUUUUUGUUGCGGAGGCUCCGUGUUCAAGGCAAUUGCUUUUCAAAUCUUGGCUUAAUUUUUUUCCGCUGUUUUGAAUAUCUGAGUUUUUUAAAGUUAGCAUCAGCAAAUUAAUUGAAGUUAUACUUCUAUACUGGGACACAUUUAAAUUACGGAGUGAAGAGCUUCUUUUUUAGUUUCAGAUGUAUGACUUGGGGUUUUAAAGUAAAAAUUACAAAGUUAUUUGUGGGUAAACUAAAAAAGUUGUACAAGUGACUGAAAUAAAACUCUUGGAAUAAGUUCAGUGGGGGGACUGGUAUCUCCAAAAGGCUAACAUUUUACUCCUUUUUUAACACUUGAAAAGCCCUGUUUUAGUCCCUAAGAAUUCUCAUCGCAUAGUGUAUGCCAGACUAUAAAAUACUUAUUUUUAAAAUGAAAUCUAUAUAACGACUUUCUUACCAAUCAUCUUAUUGUGCAAUCAAAAUUAGAGUUCUUUGGUUUGAAAACAACAUUUAGAGCCUCCAGAUAACUUUUUAAGACUUAUUUAGCUUUGUGGGUGGUAUUUUCAUGCAAAUAAGUAAGGGCGGGUUUUAUAUUUUGUAGAAGUUUUUGGUCCUAUUUUAAUGCUCUUUGUAUGGCAGUAUGUAUAUAGUGUGUUAAAUUUCCUCAAAACUCUCCUUUAAAAACUUUGAAGUUAAUACUUUUGUGCAACUGUGUUUUGAAUAAAGCCAUGACAGUGUUAAAAAAAAAUGCAGCACUCCUGAUUAUUCUUUUAUUUCUGACCGUUUCCUGUUUUUUUUUUUUUUCUGUGACUGCUGUAACUUAAAGUUUUGAAAUUGAAUUGCUUCAAUAAAUGGAAGAUUUGUUGUUAA